AUGAGCGAAGAUUACAAACUGGAUAAUUUGUUUGGUUGUUGGACGGCCCGCAAAAUUGGUAUGCCAAUAGAAAACUUUAAUGACAGUUUCGUUUGUGUUAGAGAAUGCCACAACGUGUCUUUACAUUCUAAAUUACGGGCAAACUUUCUAGGAACCUGCAUAGGCUUUAAUACUGAGACGGUACUUUUAAGCAAUUCGAGUAAUAUAAAAGAUAUGACAUUAUUUGAAGAUAAAGCUAAAGAUUUACACGGAUAUACUUUUUUAGCAUAUGUCUUUGAAGUUCUACCAUUUUUAGAGAUAAAGAUUCAUGAUAAUGGAACAUACACGUUGCUUCAUAGAGAUGGAAUGAUCUGGAAUACUAUGGCAGAAUUGUUUAAUUUUAAAAUAGAUUUGUUUCCUUCGAAGAAGACAAUGAAAAAGAAUGAUUUUGAAGUUAAUAUCCAAAAUGUAUUUUCUUUUACAAUUAGACAAGCGGACUUAAUUUUAUUUCCAGUGUAUCAAUUUGAUUUAGUUAUAGUGGAAAUAGACUAUACAGUUCCUUUUGUCGACAGCGGGGUAUGUGUGAUGUCACACAAGGCCGAUUAUGAAACUAUAAUUUUUAAUGAAAAAUUGAUACAACGAAAUAUAUUAGUAGUAAACGAGUUUCUCGCGUGCUUUUUAUGCACUUGGUUUGUAUUUUUCAUCUUUAAUACAGAGCGACUUGGAAGAUUUAGCCUAGAUCAGCUCGGAAAGGAUUUAAUAAACACAUUUAGAAUGGUAUUGUCAAUUAGUUUGAAUAAUCCACCUAGGAGGGCAUCCUUUCGUUUAUUUUUUACGAUUGCUUUAUGGUGCUUUUUUAUAAUAAAUUUUAGCUCACAAGCAUCUAUAAUUUCUUUGUUUUCUGUACAUAAACGAGGAAAAGAAGUUAACACUUUUGAAGAUAUAAUAGAAAAGGGAUAUAUAAUAGAAGGAAUGGCUUCACCAGAUGCAGUUCUUCCAGAUGAUGAAGAAAGAUUUCGAAUAUUUACUUCUAGGAUGAGGGUGGUUCACGAUUUUCUUGAGUGUGUGAACAACAUGGCCAAUGAUAGUCGGCGCUUUUGCUUAAUAGAUUGUGCAGUCGGUCGCUAUCUAACAAGGAAUUUAUUAAAUCGUAAAGGCGAACAAUUUCUUCACGUUGCAACUGAUGCUAGAGUUCAUAGUCACUAUUUAAUGAUGAUACUCCAUAAACACAGUCCAUUGACGGAGCGUUACAAUCGUUAUAUGAUGGCAUUGUUUGAAGCAGGUAUUAUAAGGAAAUGGAUGGAUUACAGGUAUUUUGACUUGAACGAAGAGGCUCCUUUAAAACCCUUAAGUAUGGAAGACCUAGGAGGAAUAUUUGAACUCUAUUGCAUUUUAGUAGGUAUAAGUUCUGCUGUUUUUUUGCUAGAAAAUUUUCUAAAAUUUGUGUCUUGGAUUAUGCAAAAAUAUAAAUCAAAA